CACCUGUUGUUGUUUUAAAGCGUUGGCUUUAAUAUUUGUUCUAUAUUUUGUGGUAGUGUCACCUGUUAUUUGUUGUUUGACUUCGUGAAAAAUCAUGGACCAGAAUCCUGGGAUGUUGGGGGUGCAUCAGUCCAGGUCGCCUGAGAAUAAUAUUCAUCCUACCGAUUUAAGAACAUCGCCUGGCAGUGUCGAUUGCUACACCCCAGACAGCGACCAUCCGCUAGCCCUCUGUUUGCCUAGUUCCCAAACCUUAGUACAGGCUUCCAGAACACCUCCACCACCAUGGAGUCUUCCCACCAAGAAAGGAACUCCUGGUCUCAUUUGCGUGGUAUGUGGGGAUACCAGUUCUGGCAAGCAUUAUGGUAUCUUGGCAUGUAAUGGAUGUUCGGGCUUCUUCAAGAGGUCGGUGAGAAGAAAAUUGAUAUACAGAUGUCAAGCUGGUACUGGGCGUUGCAUCGUGGACAAAGCUCACAGAAAUCAAUGCCAAGCUUGCAGACUGAAGAAAUGCUUGGCAAUGGGUAUGAACAAAGAUGCUGUCCAAAACGAAAGACAGCCGAGGAAUACAGCUACGAUUCGACCGGAAACGCUAAGGGACAUGAGCGCUGAGCAGGAAAGAGCUCUUAGAGAAGCUGCUGUAGCUGUCGGGGUAUUUGGACCUCCGUUAACGAUGGCCUUAUCACCUGCCAGAUAUGGACAUGCUCUAUUACCUCCUAUUCACCAGCCCACCAUUCCUAGAGAAUCGCUAAGGGAACCUAGUCCUAGCAAGGACAACAUCAACAGUGACAACGAUGAAGAAAGUAUAGACGUGACCAACGAAGAAGACGAUACUCCAUCAUCAGGGUGUGGAGUGUCUUCCAGUAGUGGACCAGUUAGACCCGAACCUCAACAAGCAACUCUCACAAGUCUGUACCCAUCAUCCCAAGAAACCAUCUACGAAACAUCGGCGAGAUUACUAUUCAUGGCGGUUAAAUGGGCGAAAAAUCUACCUAGUUUUGCCAGCCUACCAUUUAGGGAUCAGGUAAUUCUUCUGGAAGAAGCCUGGAGUGAAUUAUUUCUACUCAACGCUAUCCAGUGGUGUAUGCCGCUAGAUGUCUCUGCCAGUCCUUUAUUUAAUUUGAACGAGCACAGCAAAAAUGGAAAUUCAACCGGUGAUGUUCGAAUUUUAGCUGAUACACUGAUGCGUUACAAAUCAAUUCACGUGGAUCCAGCAGAAUUCGCUUGUUUGAAAGCUAUAGUACUGUUUAGAGCAGAAACGAAGGGUUUGAAGGAUCCAAGUCAAAUAGAAAAUCUACAGGAUCAAGCCCAAGUGAUGUUGUGGCAACAUUGUAGAACCCAGUUACCCGGACAAGUUGCCCGUUUUGGUAGAUUGUUGCUGAUGUUGCCGCUUCUUCGAUUGGUACCUGCCUCCAGAAUAGAAGCUGUCUUUUUCCAGAAAACUAUCGGAAAUACUCCAAUGGAGAAGGUGUUAUGCGAUAUGUACAAGAACUGACUAUUAAAUAUGAUUGAGAGCAUGAUGUAAAAAUGAAUGGCAUUACUUAGAAUGAAAAUUAUGAAAAAUAUAAAAUGAGAUAAUGAAUAAUUCUUUAAUAAGAAAAUGUAUAUAUUAUGCAUAAAGAAGUCUCUGUGACAGAUAAGAGAAAAAUAUAAAAAGAAUUUAUUAUAAUGACGCCAAAGUAAACAGACCAAAUAAAUUAUGACUGAUCUACGAAAGAAAGAAAACAAAAAUGGAUGGUUUCCAAUAAUAGGGCUAAUUAAAAUAAAAGAAAUUAUAGUCACUGGCAAGUAGGUAGUUCAAAAAAUGUAUUUGAAGGCUCGAUAUUAAAUAUAUGAUAUAUUAAUAUGUAAUUAAAUGUAUUUUAAGUGUUAUAAUGAUCUUAUAUUGUACUUAGGUAUCUUGUGUAAUAUAAAACAAUGUGAUGUUUAUUCUCUAGUCCUGUAAAAUAAAAUAUA